AUGCAAGCAAUGGGGAUUACCGGCACACUUGGUACGGCAUCUGCAAUGAGGCCUCUCCAUCAGUUGAGGCCUCCUGCACAACCUCAAAGACUGAGGGCUAGCUUAAGUAGCCCGUCUCCCUCUGGGCAGAAUUUCCAAGGACACAGCAUGCAUGGGGCUCCCUCACUGGGAUCCUCUGGGUCAUCACCUUGUAGUUCUCAAACUCAGUCCCCGACUCAACCGUGGUUAUCUUCUGGAACUCAAGGCAAACCUCCAUUGCCACCCCCUACUUUUCGGCCACAAGCGGGUCCCCAGUCAUCCCAGCCAAGCAAAACAAUGAGUGUCGACACAGACGAGUCUUCGAAUAGAAUCGUGAGCAAGAGAAGCAUUCAGGAAAUUGUGAAUCAGAUCGAUCCAUUUGAAAAGUUAGAUCCUGAGGUUGAAGAUAUUCUUGUCGACUUUGCUGAAGAUUUUGUGGAAUCAAUAACAACAUUUGGAUGUUCGUUGGCCAAGCAUAGAAAAUCAACCAGUUUGGAAGCAAAGGACAUCAUGCUACAUCUUGAAAGAAAUUGGAACAUUACUCUUCCUGGGUUUGGGGGAGAUGAGAUUAAGCUGUACAAAAACCAUAAGCGAGAUUCACAGAGAAAGGCUUGCUGCUAUAAAGAAGUCAAUUUUGACACCGCUGAGCCAACGCACGUACAACUCUUCCAGUUUCAGUCACGCCAUCACCAAUUUCUCCCGACCACCACGAGCGUGACCCUUUCUGGUACAACCGAGCAAGGCCGUCAAAUGUCUGCUGCUGCUCUCCCGGGGAACCCUGCUGCUCCUUUUCCAGCAUAG